AUGGCGGCGCUCGGUGCGGCGCGCUGCUUGUUGCGGACCUGCUCGCGGGUGAAACGCGUCCCAAAGAGCAAGCAGCCGCGGGUGAGAUGCGGCGUCAGGACGCUCUGCAGCGGGACGCGGGACAACGCCCUCUCGGACACCGCGAGACCCCGGUUCUCCGAUCCGGCCGUGCGGGACCUCCUCACCGGGAUCACGGGCCUGGACCUGCAGAAGGUGUUCCGACCCGUCAAAGAGGAGCUGAAGCCGCCCACGUAUAAACUCAUGACCGACCAGCAGCUGGAGGAGGCCGUGGAGUCGGCCACGGAGCAGGCCAAGAAGCUGCUGCGGAUGCCCCCCCUCCUGCCGGAGAGGAAGCCCAUCCACGACGUCCUGUCCGUGGACGAGAUCCUGGACGGCGUGCACGCGGCCAAAUACGUCUUCACGGACGUCACCUACGACAUCCCGCACAGGGAGAGGUUCAUCGUCGUGCGGGAACCCGACGGGACCCUCAGGAAGGCGUCGUGGGAGGAGAGGGACCGGCUCGUUCAGGUCUACUUCCCCAAGGACGGACGCAAGAUCACAGCGCCGCUCGUCUUCAAGGAGGAGAACCUCAGGAUGGUGUUUUCCCAGGACCGCCACGAGGACGUGUUGGACAUGUGUCUAGUCCAGUUUGAACCGGACUCCUCCGACUACAUCAGGGUCCACGGCGCCACCUACGAGGACCUGGAGAAGCUCGGCAAAUACCAGCUGCUGCGCUCCACCCGACACUUCGGGGGCCUGGCCUGGUACCUGCUGGGGGCCCGCCGGGCCGACGGGCUCCUGGUGGACAUGCUGAAGAGAGAUCUGUUGCAGGACGCGGUGAGCCUCGUGUCUUUGUUCCACAUGGUCCACCCCCACAGCGAGUCGGCCCAGGAAGCUGCCGGCCAGCGAGCCGCCGGCGCCGCCCUGCUGAAGAUCUACGCCCAGAAGGAGUCCCAGAAGUCGGGCUACAUCGAGCUGGCGCUGCAGGCGUACGAGCAGCUGGCGGCCAAGAGCGCCGCGGACUGAGACGGAGGACGGGACCGACGGCGUUCCGCUCGACUGAAAGGAGGAGGAGUCCCGGUCGUGGACUCGGCGAAUCGGCUUUUAAAGUAUUUGCUAGAUGCAUAAAGUUCGUCUUCGAGGGAACAAAAGAAACUCUGAUAUUGUCUGUAUUUAAUUUGAACCUCAGAGUCAAAGGAUUGAUGUACAUACCACAAUAAACAUCUUUGUACUUGUAAAAAAGAA